CUUGACCUCCCAGAGUGCUAGGAUUACAGGUGUGAGCCAUGGCACUGAGCCUAGACCAAGAUGUUUUUAAGGAAGCUUGCUGCCCAGCAGGAGUGGGAACAGCAGAGUCAGUUGAAGCCAAAAGGAAACAAUAUUCCCACGGGAUGCAAAAUAAGGCCCCCCACCCCCAGUAGCAGAACCUAAUCCCCAGAACCUGUAUUUGCCUUAAGUGGCAAAGGGGACUUGCACAUGUGGUCAAGGGCCUUGCGAAGGAGAGAUUAUCCUGGGUUACCCAGGCAGGUCUGAUGCAAUCACAGGUCCUUAUAAGAGAACGGGAGGCGAUGCGAUGUCAGGGUGGAAGCGCAGGUGUGAGAGAUGCAGCCAGAAGCCGAGGAUCGCGGGCGCCUCCAGCAGCCGGAAAAGGCAGGGAACAGACGCCGCUAGAGCUUCCAGGAGGCACGGCCCUGCCAGCACCGUGAUUUUAGCGUCCUGAGCGGUGAGGUAACCGAGACCCAGAGAGGCCAAGCCACUUGCCUUGCGUCACACAGCCAAAGGAGGCAGAGCCAGGACUUACACCAGACUCAGAAGCAACAGGAAAAUGUCCACGCGGGAUGGAAAGGCAGUCACCCGCAGGGCCAAGGUGGCUUCCGGCCAGAGGAUGAGCAAGUUCUUGAGGCACUUCAGUGUCGUCGGGGACGACUACCAAACCUGGAACAUCAACUACAAAAAGUGGGAGAAUGAAGAGGAGGAGGAGGAGGAGGAGCAGCAGCCGUCGACGCCAGCCUCGGGCGAGGAGGGCCACGCCGCAGGCCCGGAUGCUGGCCCCGGCCCCACACCCAGGCCCCCGCCUGACUUCAGGAGCUCGUUGAGGAAGCUCUUCAGCUCCCACCGGUUUCAGGUCAUCAUCAUUUGCCUGGUCGUCCUGGAUGCCCUCCUGGUGCUUGCCGAGCUCAUUCUAGACUUGAAGAUCAUCCAGCCAGACAAGAAUAAGUACGCUGCCAGGGUGUUCCACUACAUGAGCAUUGCCAUCUUGGCCUUUUUUAUGAUGGAGAUUUUCUUUAAAAUAUUUGUCUUCCGCCUGGAGUUCUUUCACCACAAGUUUGAAAUCCUGGAUGCCAUCGUGGUGGUGGUCUCGUUCGUCCUUGACAUUGUCCUCCUGUUCCUGGAGCAUGAGUUUGAGGCUCUUGGCCUGUUGAUCCUGCUGCGGCUGUGGCGGGUGGCCCGGAUCAUCAACGGGAUAAUUAUCUCAGUUAAGACACGUUCAGAACGGCAACUCCUGAGGUUAAAACAGAUGAAUAUACAAUUGGCCGCCAAGAUCCAACACCUUGAAUUCAACUGCUCUGAAAAGGAACAAGAAAUUGACAGACUUAACAAGCUGCUGAGACAGCAUGGACUUCUUGGUGAGGUGAACUAGACAGGAACUGACUCCGCUCCAAAGAGAAGACUCAGCCUCACAGGCCUGUGCCAGGAUGAGAGAGAGACAGCCACCUUUCCUGGGGCCAUUUGGUGAGAGGUUUGGUUCGAUGCCAUUGCUGCACUCCUGCCCAGCUUGGAUUGUGGGUGGACACAGCCUUUCAGAAGGUUCUAUUUCUUCCUUGGUGCCCACCCGGCACUGUAACAAAUAUAUCAAACUAUAUUUUCUCAUACUGAACACUUUUUACCUUUGCUUGAAAAUGAGCAAUGAAGCUGGACAAUUACUAGUUGUAUAUAGAAUUUAAUCUCAUCCAAUGCAGUUUUCAAAUUUCACGUGUAUAUUGAAGAACCAGCACAGCUUUUUGAGUAUUCUGAAAGAAAAAGAGAAGCUACUUUAGCUACCAGCCCAUUCUAGAAAAGUCUUAUUUCCAAGCUGUUCUAAACAGCUUCUCUUGUCCCAAGUUUCCCUAGGGAGUGCGUUUCCCAGCUGUACCAUGCAGCUUCUAGCAGGCGCCACCUAGUUCUGCCACCUGACAACAUUUUUCUCAAUUACUGUACAAUUACUGUUUAAAAUAAACUCUUUCCUUCCCUUG